AUGGGCGUGUCGACGGCAUCGACGUCGGCAGAGUGCCUGCUGCGCGUCUGUGCGGAUAUUGCCUCGCAGCUUGUCCAGGCGCAUGAAGAGGCGCGUCCUGUUUCUCUGAAUGCGAUCCGCGCCGCCGCCUGCAAAAAGCACGGCUACGGUGGCGUGCCCCGCCUGACCGAUAUUAUUGCGGCGAUUCCGGACCAGUACCGCAAGGUGCUCGUGCCUGCGCUGCGUGCCAAGCCCGUGCGCAGUGCCAGUGGUAUUGCGGUGGUUGCGGUGAUGUGCAAGCCCCACCGCUGCCCCCAUAUUGCGCUCACGGGCAACAUUUGCGUAUACUGCCCUGGCGGCCCCGACUCCGACUUUGAGUACAGCACGCAGUCGUAUACCGGCUACGAGCCGACGUCGAUGCGUGCGAUCCGCGCGCGCUAUGACCCGUAUGAGCAGAGCCGUGGGCGUGUGCAGCAGCUGCGCGAGCUUGGGCACAGCGUCGACAAGGUCGAGUACAUCAUCAUGGGCGGCACGUUUAUGAGCCUCUCGGAAGAGUACCGCAACCAGUUUAUUGCGCAGCUGCACAAUGCGCUCAGUGGGUACACUGGACUCGAUGUGGACGAGGCGGUGCGCUUCUCCGAGCGCGCGCAGACCAAGUGCAUCGGCAUCACGAUCGAGACGCGGCCGGACUACUGUCUGCGCCCGCACCUGUCGCAGAUGCUGCGGUAUGGGUGCACGCGUCUCGAGAUCGGCGUGCAGAGCGUUUACGAGGACGUGGCGCGCGACACGAACCGCGGGCACACGGUCAAGGCGGUGUGCGAGACGUUCCAGCUCGCCAAGGACGCUGGCUACAAGGUCGUUGCGCACAUGAUGCCCGACCUGCCGAAUGUCGGCGUGGAGCGCGACAUGGAGCAGUUUAAAGAGUACUUUGAGAACCCCGCCUUUCGCUCAGACGGCCUCAAACUCUAUCCCACGCUCGUCAUCCGCGGAACCGGACUGUACGAGCUGUGGCGCACCGGGCGCUACAAGAACUACACGCCGUCGUUCCUCGUGGACGUCAUUGCACGCAUCCUCGCGCUCGUGCCGCCGUGGACGCGUGUGUACCGCGUGCAGCGCGACAUUCCCAUGCCCCUGGUCUCGUCGGGCGUCGAGAACGGCAACCUGCGCGAGAUGGCGCUCGAGCGCAUGCACGACUUUGGCGUGACGUGCCGCGACGUGCGCUACCGCGAAGUCGGCCUGCACGAAAUUCAUACCAAGGUGCGCCCCGACGAGAUCGAGUUUAUCCGGCGCGACUACACGGCGAACGGCGGCUGGGAGUCGUUCUUGUCGUACGAAGACCCCGAGAAGGAUAUCCUCGUCGCCUUGCUGCGCCUGAGAAAAUGCUCCGAGGCAGGUACCUAUCGCCCGGAGCUGCUCAACGACGGCCAGUCGUCGAUCGUGCGCGAACUACACACCUAUGGCAGCGCCGUGCCACUCCACUCGCGCGACCCGACCAAGUUCCAGCACCAGGGCUUUGGCACACUGCUCAUGGAGCAGGCCGAGCGCAUCGCACGCGACGAGCACGGCAGCGCGAAGCUCGCGGUGAUCUCGGGCGUCGGCACACGCGACUACUACCGCCGCCUCGGCUACGAGCUCGAAGGGCCUUACAUGACCAAGCGGCUCUAA